AUGAUUAUAUAUUCCUUUUUUAUUGCUAAUGAUUAAGAUAUCCAAUAUCAACUAAAAGAUUUAAAAUUAGAUGUAAUAUUAGAAAAAUCGAAAUCAGUUUGA